AUGUCAGACGAUGGAGAGGAGGAAGAUGAUGAAUCAGAACCAACCCAACGACCACAGUUCUCUACCACUGGUGUAGGAUUGCAGCCAACACCUAGAAAAGGAUUACCUGAAACUACACAAGAACAAGAACCAUCACAACCAUCCAUGUCCAGUAAAUCUGAAAAUGAAGGGCAAACAACAUCAAAACAGGAAUCAGACCAAAGUACAAAACAACAAGAACCAGAACCAACACAACCAUCACAGACAACAUCUAAGGAAGAAAGGCAAACAACAUCAGAGCAAAAAUCAGACCAAACUACAAAACAACAAGAACCAGAACCAACACAACCAUCACAGUCUACUUUGGAGAAUGGAGGGCAAACAACAUCAGAGCAAGAAUCAGACCAAACUACGAAACAACAAGAACCAGAACCAACACAACCAUCACAGUCUACUUUGGAGAAUGGAGGGCAAACAACAUCAGAGCAAGAAUCAGACCAAACUACAAAACAACAAGAACCAGAACCAACACAACCAUUACAGUCUACUUUGGAGAAUGGAGGGCAAACAACAUCAGAGCAAGAAUCAGACCAAACUACGAAACAACAAGAACCAGAACCAACACAACCAUCAGAGGCAACAUCUAAGGAAGAAGGGCAAACAACAUCAGAGCAAGAACCAGACCAAACUACAAAAAAACAAGAACCAGAACCAACACAACCAUCACAGUCUACUUUGGAGAAUGGAGGGCAAACAACAUCAGAGCAAGAACCAGACCAGUCUACAAAACAACAAGAACCAGAACCAACACAACCAUUACAGUCUACUUUGGAGAAUGGAGGGCAAACAACAUCUGAGCAAGAAUCAGACCAAACUACGAAACAACAAGAACCAGAACCAACACAACCAUCACAGUCUACUUUGGAGAAUGGAGGGCAAACAACAUCAGAGCAAGAAUCAGACCAAACUACAAAACAACAAGAACCAGAACCAACGCAACCAUUACAGUCUACGUUGGAGAAUGGAGGGCAAACAACAUCAGAGCAAGAACCAGACCAGUCUACAAAACAACAAGAACCAGAACCAACACAACCAUCACAGUCUACUUUGGAGAAUGGAGGGCAAACAACAUCAGAGCAAGAAUCAGACCAAACUACGAAACAACAAGAACCAGAACCAACACAACCAUCACAGUCUACUUUGGAGAAUGGAGGGCAAACAACAUCAGAGCAAGAACCAGACCAAACUACAAAACAACAAGAACCAGAACCAACACAACCAUCACAGUCUACUUUGGAGAAUGGAGGGCAAACAACAUCAGAGCAAGAACCAGACCAAACUACAAAACAACAAGAACCAGAACCAACACAACCAUCACAGUCUACUUUGGAGAAUGGAGGGCAAACAACAUCAGAGCAAGAACCAGACCAAACUACAAAACAACAAGAACCAGAACCAACACAACCAUCACAGUCUACUUUGGAGAAUGGAGGGCAAACAACAUCUGAGCAAGAACCAGACCAGUCUACAAAACAACAAGAACCAGAACCAACACAACCAUUACAGUCUACUUUGGAGAAUGGAGGGCAAACAACAUCUGAGCAAGAAUCAGACCAAACUACGAAACAACAAGAACCAGAACCAACACAACCAUCACAGUCUACUUUGGAGAAUGGAGGGCAAACAACAUCAGAGCAAGAAUCAGACCAAACUACAAAACAACAAGAACCAGAACCAACGCAACCAUUACAGUCUACGUUGGAGAAUGGAGGGCAAACAACAUCGGAGCAAGAACCAGACCAGUCUACAAAACAACAAGAACCAGAACCAACACAACCAUCACAGUCUACUUUGGAGAAUGGAGGGCAAACAACAUCAGAGCAAGAACCAGACCAAACUACAAAACAACAAGAACCAGAACCAACACAACCAUCACAGUCUACUUUGGAGAAUGGAGGGCAAACAACAUCAGAGCAAGAACCAGACCAGUCUACAAAACAAAAAGAACCAGAACCAACACAACCAUCACAGUCUACUUUGGAGAAUGGAGGGCAAACAACAUCAGAGCAAGAACCAGACCAAACUACAAAACAACAAGAACCAGAACCAACACAACCAUCACAGUCUACUUUGGAGAAUGGAGGGCAAACAACAUCGGAGCAAGAACCAGACCAGUCUACAAAACAACAAGAACCAGAACCAACACAACCAUCACAGUCUACUUUGGAGAAUGGAGGGCAAACAACAUCAGAGCAAGAACCAGACCAGUCUACAAAACAACAAGAACCAGAACCAACACAACCAUCACAGUCUACUUUGGAGAAUGGAGGGCAAACAACAUCAGAGCAAGAACCAGACCAAACUACAAAACAACAAGAACCAGAACCAACACAACCAUCACAGUCUACUUUGGAGAAUGGAGGGCAAACAACAUCAGAGCAAGAACCAGACCAAACUACAAAACAACAAGAACCAGAACCAACACAACCAUCACAGUCUACUUUGGAGAAUGGAGGGCAAACAACAUCUGAGCAAGAAUCAGAUCAAACUACAAAACUACAAGAAUCAGAACCAACACAACCAUCACAGUCUACUUUGGAGAAUGGAGGGCAGACAACAUCAGAGAAAGAAUCAGAACAAACUACAGAACAACAAGAACCAGUACCAACACAACCAUCACAGUCUACUUUGGAGAAUGGAGGGCAAACAACAUCAGAGCAAGAACCAGACCAAACUACAAAACAACAAGAACCAGAACCAACACAACCAUCACAGUCUACUUUGGAGAAUGGAGGGCAAACAACAUCUGAGCAAGAAUCAGAUCAAUCUACAAAACAACAAGAACCAGAACCAACACAACCAUCACAGACAACAUCUAAGGAAGAAGGGCAAACAACAUCAGAUCAAGAAUCAGAUCAAACUACAAAACAACAAGAACCAGAACCAACACAACCAUCACAGACAACGUCUAAGGAAGAAGGGCAAACCACAUCUGAUCAAGAAUCAGACCAAACUACAACACAACAAGAACCAGAACCAACACAACCAUCACAGUCUACUUUGGAGAAUGGAGGGCAGACAACAUCAGAGCAAGAACCAGAUCAAACUACAAAACAACAAGAACCAGAACCAACACAACCACCACAGUCUACCUUGGAGAAUGGAGGGCAAACAACAUCAGAGCAAGAAUCAGACCAAACUACAAAACAACAAGAACCAGAACCAACACAACCACCACAGACAACAUCUAAGGAAGAAGGGCAAACAACAUCAGAACAAGAAUCAGGCCAAACCACAAAACAACAAGAACCAGAACCAACACAACCAUCACAGUCUACUUUGGAGAAUGGAGGGCAAACAACAUCAGAGCAAGAAUCAGAUCAAACUACAAAACAACAAGAACCAGAACCAACACAACCAUUGCAGACAACAUAUAAGGAAGAACGGCAAACAACAUCAGAGCAAGAAUCAGACCAAACUACAAAACAACAAGAACCAGAACCAACACAACCAUCACAGUCUACUUUGGAGAAUGGAGGGCAAACAACAUCUGAGCAAGAACCAGAUCAAACUACAAAACAACAAGAACCAGAACCAACACAACCACCACAGUCUACUUUGGAGAAUGGAGGGCAAACAACAUCAGAACAAGAAUCAGACCAAACUACGAAACAACAAGAACCAGAACCAACACAACCAUUACAGUCUACUUUGGAGAAUGGAGGGCAAACAACAUCAGAGCAAGAACCAGACCAGUCUACAAAACAACAAGAACCAGAACCAACACAACCAUCACAGUCUACUUUGGAGAAUGGAGGGCAGACAACAUCAGAGCAAGAACCAGACCAGUCUACAAAACAACAAGAACCAGAACCAACACAACCAUCACAGUCUACUUUGGAGAAUGGAGGGCAAACAACAUCUGAGCAAGAAUCAGAUCAAACUACAAAACAACAAGAACCAGAACCAACACAACCACCACAGUCUACUUUGGAGAAUGGAGGGCAAACAACAUCAGAGCAAGAACCAGACCAGUCUACAAAACAACAAGAACCAGAACCAACACAGCCAUCACAGUCUACUUUGGAGAAUGGAGGGCAAACCACAUCUGAGCAAGAAUCAGAUCAAACUACAAAACAACAAGAACCAGAACCAACACAACCAUCACAGUCUACUUUGGAGAAUGGAGGGCAAACAACAUCAGAGCAAGAAUCAGACAAAACUACAAAACAACAAGAACCAGAACCAACACAACCAUCACAGUCUACUUUGGAGAAUGGAGGGCAAACAACAUCUGAGCAAGAACCAGACCAGUCUACAAAACAACAAGAACCAGAACCAACACAGCCAUCACAGUCUACUUUGGAGAAUGGAGGGCAAACCACAUCUGAGCAAGAAUCAGAUCAAACUACAAAACAACAAGAACCAGAACCAACACAACCAUCACAGUCUACUUUGGAGAAUGGAGGGCAAACAACAUCAGAGCAAGAAUCAGACCAAACUACAAAACAACAAGAACCAGAACCAACACAACCAUCACAGUCUACUUUGGAGAAUGGAGGGCAAACAACAUCAGAGCAAGAAUCAGACCAAACUACAAAACAACAAGAACCAGAACCAACACAACCAUCACAGUCUACUUUGGAGAAUGGAGGGCAAACAACAUCUGAGGAAGAAUCAGACCAAACUACAAAACAACAAGAACCAGAACCAACACAACCAUCACAGUCUACUUUGGAAAAUGGAGGGCAAACAACAUCAGAGCAAGAAUCAGACCAAACUACAAAACAAAAAGAACCAGAACCAACACAACCAUCACAGUCUACUUUGGAGAAUGGAGGGCAAACAACAUCAGAGCAAGAAUCAGAUCAAACUACAAAACAACAAGAACCAGAACCAACACAACCACCACAGUCUACUUUGGAGAAUGGAGGGCAAACAACAUCAGAGCAAGAACCAGACCAGUCUACAAAACAACAAGAACCAGAACCAACACAGCCAUCACAGUCUACUUUGGAGAAUGGAGGGCAAACAACAUCAGAACAAGAACCAGACCAAACAACAAAACAACAAGAACCAGAACCAACACAACUACGCCUUUCCUCUACAACAAUGGAAGGAGCCAUACCUGACAUACAUCCCCAUGUUCUUCCCAAUAUCCCUCCUCAGACAGCCAUACCUGACAUACAUCCCCAUGUUCUUCCCAUUAACCCCUUUCAGACAGUCAUACCUGACAUACAUCUUCCUGUUGUUCCAAUCAUUCCUCCUCAUAUAG